AUUACACCCCUUGUUCCGAAUGUCCAGACAGUACAUAAGUGUGCUGAAAUAAGCCUUGAAAUAUUCAUCUUCCCAUCAUCCUAAGGAAAGGAUCAACCAUGAAGCUUUACUUGGCAAUCAUUCUAGCUAUUUCUUUUCUGGAGAACUUCGAAGUCAAUAUUAUCAGAGGAACCUUAGGGAGUCAAACUCUGGCACAUAACUCCUGUGUAAACCUGCAUACAGAAGAAAUAAACAUUAGAAGACUUGAAAGUUAUGAAAUACAUCACCAUCCCAAAAAAGUUGUAAUUUUAAUUACCAAAAGAGGAGUCAAAGUAUGUGUGCCACAUGACGCUUCCUGGGUGAAUGACCGCAUUAGAAAUUUGGACCAAAGAAACCGUAAAAAAAAAGACUUUAAAAACAUCCGUAGAUCUAAUAACCGGACCAACAGAACAACUGUAUAAUGUUUGCAAAUUACUUACAGGAAAUAAAAAAUCAAAACCAUUAAAAUUUCACUGGAAUAAAUUCACUGCUAUAACCAGAGCUUAUUGAUUUUUGACCUUUUGGUGCUGGCCUUGGACUUAAUUACUUCAGAUUUGUAUGAUUUAUUUUUAUUAUGUAAACCAAAUCAGUCACUAUUUUCAGAACUUUUUCUAGAUUGGAUUCUUAAAAAGAUUUUGGUUCUUCCAGCAGAUUGAUUUAGCUGAAGCAUUAUUCUGUGUAGCUUUCAUGUUUCGCUGCUAGAUAAUCUGAGAGAUUCCCACAAUUAGAAAGCAAUGGUAUUUGGCAGAAUGGGAAGAAGCCUAGGAAAUAAUGAGAAGUCACACUUAUAGAAUGAUGUUAGUCUUUCUUAAUGAAUGUGUCCAUUGCCAAACUUCUUUCUGAGAUAAUAUCUAUGCCAUAUAAUAUAAAUAGUCUAUCAGUAAAUCAGUUUUUUUUCUUAGCAUUCCAAUUAUCAGAAUAAUUUUGAUAUUAUCAAGGUUGCAGAUAGAAAAAUGACUCAGGCAUUGGCUGCUGUUCAAAAGCUAAAUUGGAGAAAGCAGUAUUAACAAAACGUUUAAAAAUAAGUAUGUAUACAAAUAUGUGCAUUCCUUUUGCUAGGAACAUUUCAUAGAUGGACAAUACUACAUCUCUCUCUCUCCCACUCUCUCUCCCCCC